AUGGACAAAAACGCCCCAGCCACACUACUAGACCUUGCUGUACGAAGUCUGCUGAGUAAUGAACGUGUAGCUAUCCAUGCCCUUGAAGAGCUCCCAAGAGUCAUGUUCGCUCCGUUUUUCACUGCCGCCUUCUUGGGUGGUCAUAAGAAGGUACUGAAGGCAAUGGUGAGGAUUUGGCCCUAUCCCUGUCUCCACGUCGGGACAUUGAGAGUACGGGAGUCACAAUAUGACAAUUUCGAAGCUAUGAUUGACGGUCUACAGAUCCUUCCUGCCCAGAACUCUUCUUCUUGGGCGCCAAAACUGAGGAUUCUAGAUUUAAGGCAGAAUCCAGGCUGCAGGACCACAUGCUCUGAGAUCAGGACCACAUUCCCUUUCUGUUUUCGUUCAUGUGUUCACUCUCAGCACUCUAUCGUGAAAACAGAAGAAGCCCCACAAAGAGUUAGGUGCCCCGGAACUGUAAAUUCAGAGUCUGAGCCUCAGUCAUCCAGGGAACCUGUGGAAUUAUUAGUGAACAUUUCCCUAGACGGUACCUGGAGAACAGGGCGAUUUCUUUCUUUACUUCGAAAUAAAGUAGAGCAGAGCUUUGGGUCCUUGCACCUCUGCUGCAGAGUUUUGCAAUUUGAUGGAAGGCUUGCCCACGAACACAUCCUGCAGCUUCUGGAUAUGGGAUGCAUUGGUCACCUGAAAGUGGAUGACAUUUAUCUGAGUCAAGUCACCACCCUUUUGGCUCAGAUGACCCACCUCCACAGCCUUAGUAUGUCUCACAUCCGUUUUACAUCUUGUGUGAGGAGAAGCUUUGGGACUUUUCUCACUCAUCUUGGGCAGAUGAACACCCUUCAGCAGAUCCGUUUGCAUUCCUGCCGCACGCAUCCGCUUCAGGAACUGCUCAGAUACCUGCCACCUCAGUUGGAUGCAUUGUAUCUCUCUUUCUGUGGACUUUCUAACAGUGGCAUCACUGUCCUGUCCCAGAGCCCUGCAGCCACCCAUCUAAGAUUGCUGAGUCUCAGCAACGUCGAGAUAUCCCGGGAACUUUCUGAGUCCUUCCAGACUCUGCUGGCAAGUGUCUCAGGCACCCUGGAGUAUCUACAGAUAACUAGUUGCCUGAUAACUGAUUCUACUCUCACUGCUGUCAUUCCGGCCCUGAGCCGCUGUUCCCACCUCUGUGUCUUUAGCUUCGCCUCCAACCCCAUUACAAUGCGUGUGCUCACCAGUCUUCUGCAGCACUUAACAAACCUGACGGAGCUGAAGCGUGUAAUUUAUCCUGUCCCUGUCCAUUGCUAUGAACAAUUGCAUAAUCCUCGCAGUUUGAACCGACAGAAGCUUUCUGAAGUGCAGGCCCAAUUGAAGGCGAUGCUGCAGGCGGUAAAGCGGAAUGACAUGCGCUGGACCAGUUCUCCUGAGUGA